AUGGUUGAUAAUAUUUCAGACGGAAAUUUUGUCAAUUUUGAAGGUGGAGCUUUGUUAGAAUCUGCCAUGAACCGUCCUCCUGCUCAAUUUGCCCACCCAUCCUUCACUCUCAUUCCCUCAAAUCCUAAUCCUAACCCCAACUUCUUCCACUCUCAGCCACAAAACACACAACCUGCAAUCCCCACUCCUCCUUUGCCUCCUCCUGACCUUUCUAUCACAAUCUCAUCUCUCGACAGUCUCGUUCGCGACUCUUACCAGACCCUUGACUCACUUUCUGCUCUCCUCCCUCUCGAAAACCCAAAUUAUAACAACCCUCAGAGUUCCCUCAUCCCCUGCCCUUUCAACCCCCACCACCGUGUGCAACCUCACUCCCUUUUCUCCCACUCCCUCCACUGCCCAUCUCAUCCUCACCCUCUCCCGCACCUCAAUUACCCCGAAACUCUCAAAUCCUCUGACCAAUCUCAAACUGAAAAAAGUUUUCUCCAAACUCUUCAUGGCUCAGAGGCUGACCUGUGCUUGUCUUUGGAGCAUUAUUAUGCAGAUUUUGGUUCAAAUUUCUUCUACAGUGACUGCCCUGGUGUUGUUAACUUUUCUGGUCUGGAUGGUGUCAACAGAAUGUUUACACUUCCAUUGAUUUUGUCUGUUGAGUGUGCAAAUUUUAUUGGUAGAGGAGAGAGAGAAAUUAUGGAUUUUGAGAAAGAGUGGGGUAGAAUUCUUCCAUCUGAGUUGUGGGCUAUUAAAACCGAAGUUGAGGGCUGGAAUGAGUUUCCUUUUACAUACUCGUACCGCGUUCUUUGUGCCAUUUUGGGGUUGGGUGUGGUUAAAGAGUAUGAUGUAGGCACAUGGAUAAUUGCAAAUUCACCACAAUAUGGCAUUGUGAUUGAUGUGGCCAUGAGGGAUCAUAUAUUUUUGCUUUCCAGGCUGUGCUUGAAGGCUAUUUUAAGGGAGGCUUUAAGUAAGGUAAAGGAGGGAGAUCCAGAAAGUACACAUUUUGAGUGUCCCACUUUGGUUCAAGCUUUGAUGUGGCUAGCCUCUCAGCUUUCCAUACUGUAUGGUGCACAGAAUGGGAAAUUAUUUGUCUUAAACGUCCUUAAGAAAUGCUUAUUAGAUGCUGCACUGGGCUCCUUAACUUUCCCAUUGGAGCAACAGGUGACAGAGUAUCCUGCUUUAGAAGAGGGUUCGUUGAAUUUGGAUGCCAAUGGCAGUGGUGUUAGGGAUGCUGAAGUUAUGAAACCACUAACUACAGAUGGUGGAGGGAAUAGCAUGGUGAAGGAAAACAUUAUCAGUAGGGUGGUAUUUGUGUCCCAGGUUGCAGCAGCCGUUGCAGCAUUGCAUGAGAGGUUCUUGCUAGAAGAAAAACUUAAGGCACAACGGGUUUCACAAACCUUUACUAGAUAUCAACGGAUGGUUGAUCAUGAUUAUGUGUCACAGAGAGCUGAUGAGGAGCGGAAAAACCGAAGUCAGUAUAGACCUAUUAUUGACCAUGAUGGGCUCCCUUGGCAGCAAUCAUGUAACCAGGAAACAAACAAGACUAAGACUAGAGAGGAGUUAUUGGCAGAAGAAAGAGACUACAAAAGACGAAGAAUGUCAUAUCGUGGAAAAAAGGUGAAGCGAACAACUUUGCAGGUUAUGAGGGAUAUUAUAGAGGAGUACAUGGAGGAAAUCAAGCAAGCUGGAGGGAUUGGGUGCUUUGAGAAAGGAACUGAAGGGGAAGGGAGCUUUCCAUUUGAACUACCAUCAGCUCCUGAAAUCACCACCGAUGCUGAAAAGCCAACAAAAAGCAAUUAUGACUCAGCGGGAUGUAGCCCAAGUCAUAGCAGGAAACAGUCCCAUUCUAGUUAUUAUGCUAUUGAUUCUGCAACAUCCAGGGAUGCUUCUGCCAAAGGUAGCGAAAAACCAAGACGGAGUCUUCAGGGACACCAUCACUAUCUAGAAGAUCAUAGAAGUGACAGUAGGGACAGACAUGAUAUGGUGAAACAUUCCAGAAGUCCAGAGAGUCGCAGAAAUCCUGGAUGGGCACAUGGACAGAUUCGUCAUCACAGGGAACGAGAUGAUCUGGAGGUGAGAAAGACCAAGCACCGUGAAAUCAGUCAGUCAUCUUCUAGCAUAUCCAAGUAUCGUGAUAAUAGAUCAUCUUCUCAGUCGAAUUUGGAAAAUAUGCUAGAGCGGGCAGAUAUUCUGAAAAAGAGAAAAGUGCUGACUACCAUUAGAAAUCUGAGUGUGAUGUGGGAGAGCAAGGUCAUUGGCUUAGAGAGGCCGCAGUACAAGAUCCCAAUAUGCAAAUAA